UUCACCACGGUCAUAAACGAGCGAAUCCAUUCUAUAGACCUUCUGCUAUCUGCACCACAAGCGCAAAGGACGGAUGGUGAAAGUGUAUUCCAUAACCUGCGUCGUAUUUCAAAGUGGUUCCUUACAAUGGGGAAACACAAUGCAGGACGCCUUGUUGCCAUUUUGCUUUCCGUGGUGGUCUACGGUGUCAGUUUGGUGUUCAACGGUCUUUCCGUGAUGGGAGUGGGCCCCUUCAGUACCACCACAGGCAACGUGUCUGACGUGUUUGUAACGGAGAUCACGCCGUCUGGAUGGACCUUCAGUAUCUGGAGUGUCAUCUACGUGUGGUUGACACUCAUGAUUAUCUAUAUCCUCGCUAAUCUUUGCAGAAAGAAUAUUUACGGCUAUGUUUACUGCAGUCCUCCAGUCUUGCCCUACGGAUUCUUCAUUUGCUGGUGUCUCAAUCUAUGCUUCAAUAUCGCCUGGCUGCUUGUUUGGGACAGAGCGUGGAUGAUUGCAGCGCUUGUUUUUCUAAUCCUGGUUGCCGGCACGAACUAUGGCAUGAUAUCUUUCGCCUGCCACGGUCUUCACGUUUAUGGAGCAUGGCUGAAGGAAUACCACAAAGUGGACCUGUGGCUCAUUCGCAUAUUGGUUCAAAAUGGUGUGAUGAUCUACACAACGUGGACAACGAUCGCCACGCUCAUCAACUUGGCCAUUGUGCUGACCUAUGAAGCAAAUAUUUCGCCUACCAAUGCUGCCACGGUGUCCUAUUGUAUCUUGACAAUCAUGCUGCUGGUUUGGUUUUUCUUGCAGAAUGUAGUCCUGGACAAACACAUGCGCUACGUCCUCAUUGACUAUCCAGUUGUGAUCUGGGCGCUGACAGGAAACUUUGAUAAAAACUACAACGCUGAAUCGCCAAGCCGUAGUGGUAUCUUCAUUGUUGUGCUGUUAGCGGCCGCGUCAUUGCUGUAUGCUGUCCGGCUUGUCCUGGUGAUUUGGCGCCACUGCAAGCAGCCGCUCUAUAAUGGCGUCAGCCCGCAGGCCGUGGAGCCAAUGGAGCCUGCCAACCACCAAAAAUGGGCACUCAGAUGAACACCUCUUCAUGUUCAUUUGUUUGU